CGCCUCUUCCCUUUCACCAUCUGCUCGUGGAGGCUGUGAGCAACCCCGGGCGGGAGCGUCACCACCGACCAUGGCCGAGGAAGGCAUUGCUGCUGGAGGUGUAAUGGAUGUCAACACCGCCCUUCAAGAAGUGCUGAAGACCGCACUUAUCCAUGAUGGCUUAGCCCGUGGAAUUCGUGAAGCUGCCAAAGCCUUAGACAAACGCCAAGCCCACCUUUGUGUACUCGCAUCCAAUUGUGAUGAGCCCAUGUAUGUCAAGCUGGUUGAAGCACUUUGUGCUGAACAUCAGAUCAACCUGAUAAAGGUUGAUGACAACAAGAAGUUGGGUGAGUGGGUAGGUCUCUGCAAGAUCGACAGAGAAGGAAAACCCCGCAAAGUUGUUGGCUGCAGUUGCGUGGUUGUUAAGGACUAUGGCAAAGAAUCUCAGGCCAAAGAUGUCAUCGAAGAGUACUUCAAGUGCAAGAAAUGAACAAAUAAAAAUAUAUUUGAGCCUGA